UUUCAGCGAUCGUCCAACAUCCGCUACGAGCACACGCACCACUUCGACGCGAAUGAGUUCCGGAGGCACCAGGAUCAGUUGCUCGCCGAACUCAGCCGUACCCGGGAGCGGGAAGCGAGGGAAAGACGAGAGAAGCAGGCCAGCAACGUAGAGGCUCAAACUGAUGGCUCGGAACCGUCGAUGGUGGCAAACGAUGCGACGGAGACACCACCGACAGCAACUCCGGUGCCACCGCGAGAAUAUCACGCGAUACGGGAAAUCUAUUCGACCAACUUUCGGCGCGUCGUGCUCGAGACGAAUCGCACGGUGGUGGUCAACUUUUACUCGAUCCAGUGUGCCUUCUGCGGCAUCCUGUCGCACUACUUGCUGACAGUGUCCCGUUUACUGCGCCAUCAACCGCAGCUCGAGUUCGUGCGCAUCGACGGUGAGCGCAACGAUCUCGACUGGGAGUACACGAUGGACGUGUUUCCUGCGCUCAUCAUCUUCCCCGGCGGCAGGAAAUCGGAAAGCCGCAUCUUUCCACACACCGAACGGAUCAAUGUGCCGAACGUGCUUAGCUUCGUGUUGUCCAAUCUCAGCCCUACCGAGCGUUUGCAUGCCACUUUCCUACUCUGCAGCACCGCGAAUAAGGCCUCCAGUACCGAUUGCCUCAACAUGUUGCAGUACGAGCUGAGUGAGGGCAUUCGGGUGGGAUUGCGCGACUGGCGUCGGCAACCGUGCGCCCGGGAGCGAAUCUUACGCCGCCUGCAGCUACUGAAGCACUCCUACCUGGACACGCUCCGCUGUCUUAGUCAUUCCUGUGAUCUGAAGCGGUUGGCGAACAGCAGAAAGCAGAUUCUGCAACUGUGGCCAAUCGUUGCACCGUCGGAGAGGGUCUGCUGAAGGGUUCUUUCGAGCUGUUUUGCGGGUACGUUAUGUUUGUUGAUUAUUUUAGUGAAAAUCCAAUGAUGAAUCAUGAUAAUUUAAUUCGUUCCCCUUCCGGAACCACCCGUCCGCGGAGGAUGCAAUAUGCUUUAUUAGUUCAGCUGCCGUUCUGACCAUAAUAAUUGUAGUUAGUUAUAUUGUGUUGAGUUUGCUUGGCACGGUGCAACGAUGGUGGCACAGUGCACGCAUUCUCCUUUUUGGCCACUGAUAAACCAUUUCUACUGUUAGUGUUCGUUUCCCUCUUUCGUUCGUCGUUCUAUUGUGAAACGUCAGGAAGUUAUAAGAAGUCAAAGAGUAAUGUUUGCUCAUCUUGAAAAGCAUAAGCAGUUGAUAUUAAGUCCCUGGCACGGGUACGGUGCCAACUCCGAACGGUCCUGGAAAGCAAGAGUAUCAUAGGGGACAGACCGUUUGAGACCGGAAACCUUACGUUGUACAUAACUUUAGUAAGUGCGCGGUGCCACGCGUGGCUUCGUUAGUUCUAGCUUACAACACAGGAGAUUGCAAGAGACUCAGAGGACGAAGAAAAAUAACAGAAAAACGAAGCUGCGCUCCGUGGCGCGAAAGU